AUGGGUGGUGAACCAAACUUGUCCGACGAGUCUCUCGGAGAACGCAGACAUUCCGACUAUGGCAGCAUCAACAUUAGCGACGACGACGACACCGUCAUUUCCAAAGGCUCGCUGGAUCCCGUGUACGAGGCCAAGGCCAAGGUCCUCAACCGUGCAGUUCAAGAUAUUGGCAUGGGCUGGUACCAAUGGCAGCUCUUCCUGGUUGUCGGCUUCGGCUGGGCCAGUGAUAACCUGUGGCCCGUUGUCACAUCGCUCAUCCUCAAACCCAUUGCCAAAGAAUUCCUGCCCACGCGCCCGCCGCUCCUCGUCCUCGCCCAAAACAUCGGCCUCCUCGCCGGCGCUGCCUUCUGGGGUUUUGGCUGCGACAUCUUCGGCCGCAAAUGGGCCUUUAACCUGACCCUUGGCCUCACGGCCUUUUGGGGCCUCGUGUCCGCCAGCGCGCCCAACUUUGCCGCCAUUGGCAUCUUCAACGCCUUUUGGUCCUUUGGUGUCGGAGGUAACCUCCCCGUCGACUCGGCCAUCUUCCUCGAGUUCCUGCCGCAGUCGCACCAGUAUCUGCUGACGGUGCUCUCCCUCGACUGGGCCGUCGCCCAGGUCGUCUGCAACCUGAUUGCCUGGCCGCUGCUCGGCAACCUGACCUGCCCGCAGGACGCCACCGUGUGCCGCCGCAAGGACAACAUGGGCUGGCGCUACUUCCUCAUCGCCGUGGGCGGCCUGACCUUGCUCAUGUUCCUCGCGCGCUUCUUGCUCUUCAAGCUGCAUGAGUCGCCCAAGUACCUGAUUGGCAAGGGCCGCGACGAGGAUGCUGUCCGUGUCGUCCACGAGGUCGCGCGCAUCAACGGGAAAACGAGCACCCUCACGAUCGAAGACCUCCGCGCCUGCGAACCCGAGAGCUAUGUCGCGCAGACGGACACGGCAGCGGCCGUGCGCAGACAUUUGGAGAAGCUGGACACGAGGAAAAUCAAGACGCUCUUCUCGACCAGGCGCCUGGCAAUCAGCACCUCGCUGAUCAUGCUCCUUUGGGCAUUGAUUGGUCUUGCGUUCCCGCUGUACAAUGCGUUCUUGCCCUACAUCCAAGAUUCCCGUGGCGCCGAUUUUGGCGACGGCAGCACAUACCUGACGUAUCGCAAUACGCUUAUCAUCUCGACGCUCGGUGUACCUGGCGCUUUGCUCGGUGGUCUUCUCGUUGAGCUGCCCCAUCUCGGACGCAAGGGCACAUUGUCCAUCUUCACAGUGCUUACCGGCGUCUUCCUCUACUGUUCCACCACCGCCACCACCAGUGAGGCGCUUCUCGGCUGGAACUGCGCCUUCAACUUUUGCAGCAAUGUCAUGUACGCCGUUUUAUACGGCUAUACACCCGAGAUUUUCCCCACGCCGCAGCGCGGCACCGGCAAUGCGCUGGCUGCCAUUUGCAACCGUGUCUUUGGCAUUAUGGCUCCCAUCAUUGUCAUGUUUGCGAAUCUCCAAACCUCCGCGCCCGUAUAUACCAGCGGCGCCCUGUUCCUUGCAGCGGGAAUUAUCGUGAUGCUGCUGCCGUUUGAGUCGAGAGGCAAGGCGGCGCUCUAA